AUGGAAAGGAAUCUUAAGAAUGUUUUGGUCAUUUCUUUCGGAUUUUUACUUCUCUUUACUGCUUACUCAGGACUCCAGAGUCUACAGAGCAGUCUCAAUGCAGAAGAAGGCCUGGGCGUUGCUUCCCUAAGUGUACUGUUUGCUGCGCUCACCUUAUCGUCCAUGUUCCUCCCUCCAAUCAUCAUCAAGAUGCUGGGCUGCAAGUGGACCAUUGCAGUCUCUAUGUGCUGCUACAUCACCUACUCCCUAGGGAAUUUCUAUGCUAGCUGGUACACACUAAUCCCUACAUCUGUGAUCCUGGGCUUAGGAGGAGCACCACUCUGGUCUGCCAAAUGCACUUACCUCACUAUUGCUGGCACUUCGUAUGCUGAGAAAGCAGAAAAAAAUGCAAAAGACAUUAUCAACCAAUACUUUGGGAUCUUCUUUUUGGUGUUUCAGACUUCCGGCAUCUGGGGAAAUCUUAUCUCAUCCUUGAUCCUUAGCCAAUCUUCCAACCAAGGGGAGAUCUCAGAAGAAGACCUGGAAUGCUGUGGAGCAUACGACUGCCUGACUGAUGCCAAUAACAGCACUGGGUCAGAAAGACCCUCUGACUCCUUAAUCUACACACUGGUAGGGGUCUAUACUGCUAGUGGUGUGCUAGCUGUGUUGCUGGUUAUUAUAUUUCUGGACCAGAUCAAAUCUGACCAAACAGAGACUGAGAAAGAAAAACUAGAGGCAUCAUCCUUUUGGUCUACGUUCCUAGCAACUUUCCGGCAUCUUAAAGAUAAAAGACAGUGUCUUCUAAUCCCUCUGACAAUGUACAGUGGGUUUGAACAGGCAUUUCUUGCUGGUGACUACUCAAAGAGUUUUAUAACCUGUGUCCUGGGGAUACACUACGUUGGCUAUAUGAUGAUCUGCUUUGCAGGCAUAAAUUCCCUCUGCUCUCUGCUCUUUGGAAAGAUCUCCCAGUUCACGGGUAGAAAACUUUUAUUUGCAUUAGCUGCAGUUCUGAACACAGGCUGUAUAAUAACAGUACUGCUCUGGAAACCUGAUCCCAAGCAGCUUGCUGUGUUUUUCUUAAUCCCUGGUCUUUGGGGUGUAUCUGAUGCUGUCUGGCAAACACAAACUAAUGCACUUUAUGGCAUUUUAUUUGAGAAAAACAAGGAGGCUGCCUUUGCAAAUUACCAUCUCUGGGAAUCAGUUGGAUUUGUCAUCGCCUUUGCUUACAGCACCAAAUUUCAAGUCUACAUCAAAACGUACAUUGUACUGUCUGUGCUUGUGCUGUCCAUGGUGACCUACGGAGCAGUGGAAUACCUCGAGGCUAAGAGCUCCCCUGGGACACCUGCUACUGCAAAGAAGGAGAAUGGAGGACCCCACUCCCAGGAAACACACAUGUAAUCCACAGGGUCAGAGUGAUGGAGGAGGAAACUGAGAAGCGAUGGAAUAUACUGAAAGUGAAAUGUAAAGACAAUGUGAAAUGGCAAGAAAAUACCCAAUCUGUUGGAGUCAGAAUUCAUACCACAUUUUCAU